AUGACAGUAAGAAUGAAUGAAUUUCAAGGAGUUAUAAGAAAGUUAAAAGAGUGGAUUCAUUUAAAUUAUUUUGAUAUUAUUUAUAAUAGUGAAAUAGAAGAAGUAUCAUCAAGACAAAUAAAUUCAAAAAUAAUUGGAAGAAAGAAUAUAACAAUAAUUGUUAAAACAACUGAAGGAUUUAUUUUUGGUUCAUAUCAUCAAAAUACAUUAAAAAUAACAAAAAAUUUAUUACCAAUAAGAUAUAAACAAAACGGUGGAUAUUUUUUAUUUACUUUUAUUAAUUCUUAUGGAAUUGAACCACAAAUAUUUUAUACAUCUAAAUAUCAAGACUAUAUGGUACUCUAUGAUGAUAAUAGUGAAAAUGGUUUAAUUGGAAUGUGUUCGGCUUAUGAUUUAAGAAUUUCUAAAUCAUCAUUUUCUUCUGAAUUUUCUUUUAUUUAUGACACAAAAUAUACUUCUGAUUUAUUUGUUGGUAGAACAAAACCAAAUACUUUUGAAAUAUCUAAUAUUGUUAUUCUGCAAUGGUAUUAA